GGGUCAGGAAGUCACCUCGUCUGUAUGAUCCUGGAAAAGAUAACGACAUCAACAAUAAGGUUACAAUCAUCACUAAGACGUUUCUGAGAUAUCCGUCCGUAAGGGCUCUCAUCAACAGUACCCGGAUGUUCUACCCUAACAUUCGGGUAGUUAUAGCAGACGACAGCCGCCCUGUGGAAGACCUUCAGGCGGAAAACACUGAUCAUUACGUCAUGCCGUUUGGAGCGGGUUGGUUCGGUGGCAGGAAUCUUGCCUUGUCACAAGUAAACACGCCGUACUUCCUGUGGGUGGACGACGACUAUGUGUUCACCAAGGAGACAAAGUUGGAGAAUUUUGUAGAGGUUCUCGACAACACCAACCUGGAUUUGGUAUCUGGUAGCGUCGGUAACAGGAAGCUCAUGUACUCUAAACUGUCCAUCCUACCUGGAGACGAACAUGGCGACUGUCUGGUCCAAGGCAGUGGGCACUACGGCCUUGUUCCCGGCUAUCCGCACUGUUAUCUGACCCCGAAGGUCACCAACUUCUACAUGGGGAGAACGGACGCAGUCCGCGCGGUGGGAUUUGAUCCGACCUACUCUCGAUAUGGUCAUACAGAGUUCUUUGUGGAUGCGAUGGGAAGACUAAGAAUGGCAGCAUGUGAGGGGGUGCGUAUAGACCACAAAUCGAGUCGGAACACGGACUACAACAAGUUCCGGAGAGGAGGAGGCGUAUCUGGAAACUACCGGAAUAUAAUCAUGAGGCGGCAGUACUUUAAGGACAACAUAAAGUGCUGGAUCAAAGCAUAGACGAUAUAACUUAAAUGUUGAUGUAUAUUGAAGGUGUUUGUUUAACAAUGUGUGCAAUUGUUUUUAUUCAGUCACUCAGUCACUCACUCAGUCACUCAGUCACUCACUCACUCACUCACU